AUGCGUAUUGCGGAGAAUACUGCCAAGAUACUUUCGAAUGUACCGUUACCUGAUGAAGUUUCUGUAGUGCACCGUCAGGCUGCUAUUGUAGAUAUUGGGAGUUGUACCACCCGAGUUGGCUUUGCUGGCGAUGACACACCUCGCCUUGAUGAACCCACUUGUGUUGUAAAAGGAAGUGGAGAAGGGUCUGCGUUGUGUCUGAAAAAGGCAUACGAUUGCCGUGAUAAAGAGGUUGUUUCCCCUGUUGUAGUGGAUGGAGAGUUGGAUUGGGAUGCAAUGGAGAUAUUGUUGCAUCAUUUGGAGGAGGUGUUACUGCUAGGUUCAAAGGAUCUGCAUACUCCAUUAUUGUUAACAGAAAAGGCGCUUGUGCCACGGGCACAGCGAGAACGAUUGGCGGAAAUAUUAAUAGAAAAACACUCCGUUACUUCUCUCUAUUUUGCCCCAAGUCCUGUUCUUUCUUUAUAUGCGGAGGGUACUUGCACGGGUGUGUGUGUGGAGAUGGGCCACGAUGCCUCUCACGUGGUUCCUGUAUUUCAGGGUUUCCCGUUAUUUCAUGCCAUCCAUGCCCUCCCCUACGGUGGGCGGUUCCUCACGAAUUACAUGAUGGACACCGAGCCGCCCCUCCCCGCCCUCGUCCACCCCAGCCACCACGUCGACAUCUGGAAGUAUCUGAAGGAGAAGUACUGCGAGACGUGCCCGAGCGCCGCCGUCUUCGCGAGUCUGCGGAACGGCGCCGAGGAGGCCGGCGGGGUCCGGCGCGACGUCACCCACCGGCUGCCGGACGGAACAGUCGUGACGCUCGGCCCCAACCGCCUCGUCCCCGCGGAGUUGUUCUUCGACCCCGACCUCCGCCCCCCGCCGGCGGACCCCGCGGCGAUAGAGGCCGUCGAGCGGCUCCCCACCACCCACACCAACGCAAACAGCACCAACGUCGCCGUUCCAUCCACAUUGCACAAACUCAUCGCAGACUCUAUCGCGAAGUGCGAUCGUGAUUUAGUCCCAGGAAUGUAUGCCGGUAUACAUCUCGCAGGAGGUACCUCACGUCUACAAGGGCUCCCAGAACGACUCGAAACGGAGCUCGUUACUCACACCGAUGGCGAUCCCGUCAUUACUGCAAGUUCAGAGCGCCGCAAUGCCGCCUUCGUUGGUGGAUCUAUUCUGGCAUCACUACCAACGUUUCAAGAUUUUUGGGUUACGCGGGCUGACUAUGAUGAGUGUGGUGUCGCUGCUGUUCUUCGUCAGUGUUUCUAG